AUGACGAAAGACGGUGGUGAUGAAUCCCCCAAUCAUGUCGGGGAGUGGUUGUUGGAUGUGUUGCCUGGUGGUCGACAAUCCUUUCGGAUUAUCGGCAUGGAGGAGAUAGACAAGGAUAUACUGGACAAAUGUACGGGACAUCGAGUCAUGGCUUGCGAUGACACAUUGCCCGUCGUCGUAUCUUAUUUGUAUGGAUGUACAUACAUGCCUCCCAUGCAUUUCACUUUUGGCGUCAGUGCGAAGGGACCCCAAGGAUGA